AUGCCCCUAAUGCCCCUAGUGCGCCUGCCCUCAUGCCCCUCUUGCGCCUGCCCUCAUGCCCCUCAUGCCCCUGCCCUGCAAGGUACCAUGCACCUGCCUCUCCGUCCGACACGCUCGAGCCACAGCCCAGCUCCUGCCGAAGCCUCGCCAACCAAUCCUCCCCCUCCUCUGUCAUCUAUCAAACAACCAGCCGCCCAUGCCCAUGCCGGGAUCAACACCUGGCCAGGCCCCUCUGUGUCCACCAGCACAUCGUCAGUCAUGGCACAGCACUACGAGGACAGCCCAGGACCAUCACGUCAACCAGGUCACCCAGCUCAGCCUGCUGCGUGA